AGGGCCUGAGGCUGGAAAUGGGGUGGGGCCUGCCAAGCAAGAACCGGAACUUAGCCCAGAGGAGCCACCAGAUAAGGCGGUUGUAGCCACAAAAACCAAGCUCCAGGCCUUUCCUUAGGACCCAUCCUUCUGACCUCAACAAGGCGGGGGGCUUCCACGCUGAGGUUCUCGAGCCCAGACCCUGCCCGCCUGCCGGGACCUGCGCAGCAUGCGGCCCGCGGGCCUCGAGUGUCCCCGCAUGCUCUGCCUGUGGCCUCUGCUGCGGCUGCUGCUCCUGCUGUUGCUGCUGCCGCAGCCGGUCACCCGCGCCCAGACCAAGCCGGGUGCCCCGAUGGCACUGGGCACCCCGGCAGCGCUGGACACCCCGACAGCGCUGGGCACCCCCAGCGCACUUCCCGACGCCGCGGCACCCCCAGUGCCCAAGACUGGGCCCGAGGCCCCCAGCGACUCUACUGCGCCAAGCACCCCUAGUGCAGCAACCUCGCCCGGAAACCCCAGCACACCGAAUCUGCGGGAGCAUGCUCGGGCCCUGAUGCGGGAUUUCCCACUCGUGGAUGGCCACAAUGACACUCUGGUCCUGAGGCAGUUUUACCACCAGCUGCAGGAUGUGAACCUGCACAAUUUCAGCCGGGGCCAGACCAACCUGGACAGGCUUAGAGACGGUCUCGUGGGUGCACAGUUCUGGUCAGCCUACGUCCCAUGCCAGACCCAGGAUCGGGAUGCCCUGCGCCUCACCCUGGAGCAGAUUGACCUCAUCCACCGUAUGUGUGCCUCCUAUGCUGAGCUGGAGCUUGUGACCACGGUUAAAGAUCUGAACAGCACCCGGAAACUGGCUUGCCUCAUUGGCGUGGAGGGCGGCCACUCACUGGACAGUAGCCUCUCCGUCUUGCGUACCUUCUAUAUGCUGGGUGUGCGCUACCUGACCCUCACCCACACCUGCAACACACCCUGGGCAGAGAGCUCAGCUAAGGACAGCCACCCCUUCUACAACAAUGUCAGCGGGCUGACCAGCUUUGGUGAAAGGUGGGUGAUGGAAAUGAACCGUCUGGGCAUGAUGGUAGACCUGUCCCAUGUCUCAGACGCCGUGGCACGACGGCCCCUGGAAGUGUCACAGGCACCUGUGAUCUUCUCCACUCAGCUGCCUCGGGGGGUAUGCAAGAAUGAACGGAAUGUUCCUGAUGAUGUCCUGCAGCUUCUGAAGAAGAAUGGUGGCAUCGUGAUGGUGUCCUUGUCCGUGGGCGUGCUGGAGUGCAAACUGUUGGCCAACGUGUCCACUGUGGCAGAUCACUUCGACCACAUCAGGGCAGUCAUUGGAUCCGAGUUCAUUGGUAUUGGCGGCGACUAUGAUGGGACCAGCAGUUUCCCUCAGGGACUGGAAGACGUGUCCACAUACCCAGUACUGAUAGAGGAGUUGCUGAGUCGUGGCUGGAAUGAGGAAGAGCUCCAGGGUGUCCUUCGAGGAAAUCUGUUGCGGGUCUUCAGACAGGUGGAGCAGGUUCGGGAGGAAAACAAGGGGCAGAGGCCCUUAGAGGAUGAGUUCCCAGAUGAGCAGCUGGGCAGCUCUUGCCGCUCGGUCCUCCCGAGGCUGCAUCAGAGACAUUAUAUGGCUCCAGACCAGAAACUAAUGGAGUCUCCUACGCAUUGGAAACCGAAGUUGUCAUCUAAGAAGUCGUUCUCAAAAUCACCCCCCCACAUUGCCCCAAGCCUCACAAUUAUUGCUUCCUUCCCCGUCGUCAUUCUGUGGCUCUGGUGACCCAGUUCUUCCUGUCAGAUGUCACUUUGGCAGCUGUGGACACCCCACAAAGUUGCCCCUUUGUGCAGGCACAAAUAUUUCCUGAAAAUAAAUAUUUUAGACUGGAACCAGG